CAAACCAACCGAGAUCAUCAUGCCUCCCAAGCCAAGUGGAAAGGGACAGAAGAAAGCCGGCAAGGCCAAGGGUGCUCCCCGCACCGACAAGAAGAAGAAGCGCAAGAGAAAGGAGAGCUAUGGCAUCUACAUCUACAAGGUGAUGAAGCAGGUGCACCCCGACACCGGCAUCUCCAGCCGUGCCAUGAGCAUCAUGAACAGCUUCGUCAACGACAUCUUCGAGCGCAUCGCCGCCGAGGCUUCUCGCUUGGCCCACUACAACAAGAAGUCCACCAUCACCAGCCGCGAGGUGCAGACCGCUGUCCGCCUCCUCCUGCCCGGUGAGCUGGCCAAGCACGCCGUCAGCGAAGGCACCAAGGCUGUCACCAAGUACACCACCUCCAAAUAAGCG